AUGCCGUUCGACGGAAGCGCGGAGGAUCCGGAGAGGGCUUCCUCGAUCGAGAAGCUUCUAGAAGCUCCGCUGCCAUGGAUCGGCCUGUACGUCGCCGCCGCGUCUCUCGCCUGCGCGGCGGCGAUGGCGGCCGACACUCUCCACGGACUAUGGCGGAAGAAGCACUGGUUUCCGUCGCGAUACUUCUCGAUCAACGCAACUUCACUCACGCUGCUCGCGGUCUCGAUGAAGCUGCCGGUAGAUCUCAGCACUCGGAUGUAUUCCGUCACCGACCGCCUCGCCAAGAUCAGCAGCCUCAUCUUCAUGUCCACCGCCAUGGCCAAUAUCCUCACCUCACUCGGCUCCAUGACCGAUCAGGAUGUGCUAAUGAACGUCACAGCUUUAGGCAUUUUGGUGAUCACGGUGGUAGUGAAUGUGGCCAUACAGGUCAUCCAGAUGCACGCUUAUUUAGGCAAUCGGCUAGGGUUUCACGAAGAGCUUUUGGGGACUCUAUCGAUGUUGUUCCUCCUCCUCAUGUUUGUUUCAACGGCGGUCAUGAUUCCUUCUAUGAAGCGCUAUUUGGAGACGAAAUAUCACGAGAUGCAUCGAUCUGCUUUGAUUGAGGAUGAAAUUGAUUUGCGGAAAGUGAUCACCGUUGAUAAAUUGAGAGUGUUGGUGAAGAAAUAUUGGGUGAUGGCGGAAACUAGCAAUCCUCAGUUUGUGAUUGCUCGUUCUGUGACGUGCACCACUUCUGGAAUGUUGAGCUUGAUGAUCUGUCUGGUUUUGGCGGAAGUCGAGAUUCGGAUGGCGAUGGGCUUUGGUUUGCUGCAGCACUCAUUCUCCAGCUAUGGAUGGUCAACUAAGUUUGUUCUUAUAGCUCAGACUGCCGGGGUGAUCGUUGGCACGAUUGCUCCCGCAUCGAGAUGGUUAGUUGCUGUGAAAUACAGCUCGUUGAAUCAAGGCAGGAGGAGUUUCGGAAAUGCAGUGAGUGUUGAGGACUAUUGGACUCAGAAGAUGGUGGAGUGGAGGCAGAGCUCUUUGUCUUUCCAAAUUCGACAUUUCAAGAGCAGGAAGCUUAUUCAUGAUUUGAGAGCUUUGUUUUUGAAAUCCUGCAUUUCUGUUCAGCGUCUGGUUAUUCUUGCUAGCAAACUAGUUCUUCUCAUCUCUAUCUGUUUCACUAGUCCAGUGAUUUCUUGCGUUGACUAUUUCACGAGGUUGAGGAGGCAGAAUCGCGUAGCGCACUCUGCAUCCUCACGCGAUCCAGAGGUCUCGGAGAAGGUUGAUCCCGAGCUGGAUUUGAGCCAUUAUGUGAUGCUGCUGGAAGGGGAAGUAGAGCUUCCUGCAGAGACUCUGGAGAAUAUCUGCAAAGAAAUUGAUCAAGUUAUUCAUAAAGGCAAGCUGAAAAGGCCCAAUAAUUUGCUCAAACUGCUCUCCAAAUCUUGCAGCUUCAAAGGGGUAGGGGAAUUCGACAGCAGUCAAGUUCCACCUCUGCAUUCUCAAGAUCUUCCCUAUUGCUGGUCUCUACCUGUGGUGACGCUGGCUUGCAUUGCACUUGCUCUUCCCAACGUCGAGAAGAGCAAAUUGGAUUGCCUGCUGAGAAGUGUGACUGAAGGGCUUCGCCUCGUGAAGCUCGUGGACAAGACCAUGGAUAAAAAAGGCGGUCUGGCAAACAUAAGAACCGCUGCAGAUGUGGUGUGGGUGAAAGUGGAACUGUACCACAAAUGGCAAGACGAAGAUCUUCGCAAUGUGUCUGUUAAAGGGAAAAAUGCUGCAGAGAUACUGCAAGAGCUCUUCUAUAAAGCUGAGAAGACUGUGCUCGAGUUCCAGAGAAACGCCCGGGACUGCCUCAUGAAGAAUCCACUAAACUGGCCUGCUAAUGUGAUUGCAUCUAACGCGAUGUAUAGGAUGUCCAGAACAGUCCUGCUCAACCAUGGAGGCUGUGAAAAUGAAGAAACAGAUGAUGCCUUGUUCGACAAGCUGUCUUUCAUGAUUGCAGAUAUACUGGCGGCAUGCCUUACCAAUCUGGCUCAUGUGAUAACUGUCAAGUGUCACCACAGUGCCAUUGAGGUCAGGGAGAAAAGUGUGCGUAAAGCAGCUAUGCUUCUGGGCGAAACUGAGGAGAUUUUGGCGCUUCUCCAGCAACGACAAGUGCCAAUACUUGCGCCUCGGAAGGCAACGGAUAUUGAAGAAUGGCGCGCCUUUGUCAAGCAGGAAAAGAUAGACAAACAGAGCUCCGUUACUAGGCCUAACUAA